AUGCUAAUUAUGGCCACCAAGGCAGCACAGGUCAGGUUCUACGAGACGCUGAGAUCCGAGCUUGGCUCGGAGGUUGGCGUGACGAUACUGACCGCCGGGUUCGUGGAGUCAGAGAUGACCAAGGGCAAGGCGAUCCAGAGAGACGGCGAGGUCGCCGUCGACGAGGAGGCCAGAGAUGUGCAGAUCGGGGUGUUCCCCGUGGCCCGUGUCGAGAAGCUGUGCGAGGCGGCCCUGAACAUCAUCCGGAGAGGCGACUGGUACGUGACAUGGCCGUCGCUGUACCUGACGCUGCCGCUGAUCGCCUGCCUCGCCCCCGAGGUCUUGACCUGGCAGUCCUACGCUCUGUACAACGCCAAGAAGGGGACCCCGCCGCUGAGCCAGAGGAUGCUGGACGCCACCGGAGCCAAACGGUUCUACCCGCCGUCGCUCCGGAGCCAUCCAGGCAUCAAGACGGACAAGACUGGUGAUCAAAGGGAAGAAGAUGAUGCAGCGUCAAAUGUGUAGUGUAGCGAGCCACGCACUCUUUUGUGGUGAAGGAAAGUGCUCAGGAAAGGCUGCAAUGGCUGUGUUUCCCAGGGUUUAAUUAAAAGUAUAGAAUUCAAGAGUGACUGAUCGAGUGAGGACUGAGGAAUGGUGCUGCCAUGAACUGCUAGCUGGGGUGUUGCUGUGGCAAAAAGAGAGAUAAUCCUUUAAUUUUAAAUUGAUUGCCCGAACAAUUGAGCCCAACCCUAACUCCAUCUCACUUUGGAGCAGCCAAAACUCUGAUCUGUAUUCCAUAUGCACGCAAGAUUCAAGAAUGCAGAGCCAAUCGUGGAUUUCGGCCUAA